GGAGUACACUUGGCGCGCUCGGUGCCACUCACUGCAGUGUAAUAAUUAUCUGACUCAAACCCAGAACAACUUUUUUUUUUCCCCUCUCUCUCUGUCUUGCUGCCCAGAAUAAGUAGCCUUGCCUCAAACCCUAGCGCGGUUACCGGAGCAUUAUAUCCCGCAUUUCAAGUAUAAAGUAUUGUCAAGGCUUUUUUUUGUGUGUUCAGCUGAUCCGAUGACAUGUUUGGAAUUCGACUGAAACUUUGUACCUUCCUGUGUGGAAUCGCUGUCUCAGGUGUGUGUGCGGUGGAGGUGUACACACCCGAGGAGCUGCAGGCUGUGAACGGCUCCGACGCUCGGCUCAAGUGCACCUUCACAAGCUCCGCCGCCAUCAGUGUGCAAGCCUCCGUCUCCUGGAACUUCAGGCCGCUGUCGGGGGGCAACGAGGAGUCGGUGUUCUAUUACCAGGAGCAGCCCUACACCCCCACGAGUGGGAAGUUCAAAGGUCGUGCUGUGUGGAGCGGUGAUAUCAGGCGCGGUGACGCCUCGAUCACGCUCCGCGACUUGAAGUUCAGCGACAACGGAACCUACAGCUGCCAUGUGAAGAACCCCCCCGGGGAUGUGCACGGGCAGGCGGGCGAGAUGCAGCUCCGAGUGGUCACCACAGUCACCCACUCAGAGAUGAAGAUUCUGCUUGCUGCCAUUGGGGGCGCCAUCUUGCUGGCGAUCGUCCUCAUCGUCACCGUGGCCUCGAUCCGGGCCUGCCGACAGCACCGGCGCCAGAGAACCGAGCUGGAAAAGAACCCGCAGUACUGCCUCCACGAGGAGACAGAGGAUCUCAGUCCGGAGAACAGGCACGAGCAGAAACCCCAGGAGGAGGUCCAGGAGCUGAAGAGCUUGGCGGAGGAGACUUGUGAGGAGAAGGUCCAGGUUCACGUGAAAAGCGAUUCCUGAAGCAGAUGCCAGCCACCAGGACCGCGUUUCACUUUCAAUACUGUAAAUACCGUCCUUGUAGAUUAAUAAGAGACUAAUCACACUGCCAAACACUGCGCUGCCUCGCCAAGCGACUGAGAUUAACUCUAGUGGAGAGAUUGACUGCGGUAGCUGCCCGCUUCCCCAGUGUAUUCCAGCUCUGCUCAACAGUGCCACCUACUGCAAGAGAAGUGUCUUAGCAGCAGCAGCCAACACCUUGCACAGAAUGGAAAUGGAAGAGAGCUGGGACUGCAGCAGAUGCUUUCAGCACAGAGGGAAUCGUAACUCCAAACAGCUGGCAGAGCCUGACCCACGAGAAUCAUAUAGAAUGCCUUUCCAGUGAUAUUUCAAUAGCACUGCCUUCCAGUCCAAACCACACCCCAAUCUGUUACAAAUAAAGCAGCUAUCAACACAGUGUUUCUACCCUGCCUCACAGUGCAGCUUUGAAUUACACUAGAGCAUGCUCAUGUAAAUAAACUGCACCGUGCACACAGCCUGCCUGCCUGCCAGCCUGCACUGCCACUAGCUGGGAAUGCUAAACUUUCGGUUUUGUUUCCACGUUGUUAUCCACACUGGACGCGAGCGAAUCAUUUAGAAGUCCCUGCAGUGAAAUGGGAGUGUCCACACCAGCGGCGAGCGACGUCGCUUUGACAAAAUUCCGCGCUGCUAAAAUAGAACCUGUUUCUGUUUUUUUUUCGACUGGAAUGAAACUAACCAAUCAGAAGCAAGGCUAACACCCUUGACACACGUCAAACGCACGCCUCACAACACGUCACGCCUCAACACACGUCACGCCUCAAAACAAAUUCAUCAUGGACGACGAAGAGUUCAUUUAUGAGGCGCAGCAGUAUGCAUUAUUAUAUGAUUGCAAACUGAACGACCACAAAGACAUCCUGAAGAAAGACAAUGCAUUGAGCAGCACAGAGACAUUUUCUUUCUCAUUAUGCAAGUUGCAUUCAAAUGGGUUUAUUAAUAAGCAAAAAUAAACUGGAGCAUACAUGCAGUCUACAUAUCCAGCAUUUCAAUGAAAAACGUGCCCUUUUCCAUCCCACAUUCCCAAGCUCAUACAGAGUUUAGAAGAUUAUGAGCCAUAUUUAUAAAGCAACGGACUGUUUUAAAAGGAAAAACUAAAUAAAAGUAAAUAAUAAUACCAGGUAAGUGGUGACCUGCGCAUAAAAACACAGAUAAUAAUAAUGAUAAUAAUAAUAAUAAUAAUAAUAAUAAUAAUGAUAAUGAUAAUGAUAAUGAUAAUGAUAACACCGUGUAACAAAUUAUUAUUUUUUUUUUUGGUUCCUGGGUAGCAAGUGUUAUUUCCUAAUUGCUUAUGCCUCAAAAGUAUAGAAAAUGGCUAUUAUUCCCCACAAACUUUGCUUUUGUGACCAGGACAGUGAUAUUUUGAAAUUUACCUAUUUCCAAUGAGAAAACGGGCAAAUUUGUGUCUUUUCGUUCACAUAAAGUAAAAUCCAAAUUAACAUGUAUUUAUACUAAAGUAAUACAAACAUGACUACAAAAGAUUUAGAAGUGAGUAGUUUUUCGAGAUUUACGAUUAUACUGUAAAUCACUUUCACAAAUCAGCCCCCAAAUGUAGUCAAUACCCCUGAAGAGCUCGGAUGGAAACGCUGUGUAGCGGUUUGAGCCGUUCCAGGAUUUACUGAGAGCUUCACUGCACAGACCCUGGAGGUGAUCUGGGUUCCAGUGAGCACCCAGUAAAACAGUGUGUCUCUCGCUGCUGUGCAAUCAGAGUCUAACUGCCUAGUCAAGCGCACAGACGUUCCGGUUGAUUCCUUCACGCUUGCUUACGCAGUGUCAGUUCGUUUGCUUUAGUGAUGAUGAAACAGUAACAGGGGGCGCCUGUUUUUAACAUGUUAGUAAAAUAAGAAGAAAAAAUUCUGAAGUAAUUUUUGUUUUAAAUGUCAUGUUUGUGUUUUAAAUAAAAGUUAAGGGAAACUGAAA